AUGAAGAUCGGACGGCGGCGUGGGCACAUCCUCCUAUUCCUUCUGGCCUCGAUUCUUGCGGUAGAAGCCACAGAUGCCUCCCUCCCUCGUGAGUCAAUGGCCAGGAAUUUGGCCAACGCAAGGUCGUUAGGAGAAGUAGCCGCGGCGGCAGGAGGGAGCACUGGAGCAAAGUCGUCCCCAGUCGGGACUGAACACGCUCCUGUAGAUGGCAAAGACGGAAUGCCGCACGAGGGCCCUUUUGUUGAGACUACUGCAGAGAGGACGAGGAAGAAGACACAAGGGAUAGGGUACGACGACGAUCCGGUGCCGGAGAAAUCGCCAUAUGGAAGCCAACCGCUUCCCCAAACCAACGAUGCAGUCAUGGAUGACCGACUAAAAUCGAGUCCAGCCGAGGGCACUAGAGGUGUUGAAGGUGGCAUCUCAGAGAAAUCAAAGGAGAACAAGCUCUCGGACAAGAAGCCUGAUCCGCCCAAGGAUGUGAGGCCACUCCCAAACCACGAAGCAGAGACCCUCCAAGACACGACGGACAAGACCCAAUCUUCGGAAGAUGAGCCCAAAAAGAUUCUUACGGCUCCCCAAGACCUCCCGGACAAACCUCAUGAUAUCCCUCACCCUGAAAACCCGUCGUCGCCAAAAGACACCACCAUUCUCCCGGAAAACCCAGACAAGCUGCCGAAAUCCAAAGACCACGAACCGGCCGUUAUUUCUCCCAUGCAUUCCCUUGUGCUUUCGUUCACCAUGAUUCUGUUCUCUGAAGUAGGCGACAAAACGUUCCUCGUCGCCGCGCUCAUGGCCAUGCGCCACCCGCGAGUCCUGGUCUUCACCGCCGCAUUCUCCGCGCUGAUCACCAUGACCGUCCUUUCCGCGAUCCUAGGCCACGCCGUGCCGACCCUGAUCCCCAAGACGCUCACCAACUUCGCGGCCGCAGGCCUGUUCCUCGUCUUCGGCGUCAAAAUGCUGCUCGAAGCGCGCGGGAUGAGCCCCGAGGACGGCGUCGGUGAAGAGAUGAAGGAAGUCGAAAUGGAACUGGAAGAGAAAGAGCACCAGCAACGUCGGAUGUCCAGGCGGCGGUCGUCCAUCUCCCCAUACGCCUUGGAAGCUGGCCGCGCGGGAACCGGCCGAAAGCAGACCAACGGUCGACUGCCUUCGCCUCCCGAAAGCCCGGCGAGUUCCCGCGGGACUUCCCCCGAGCGGGAGUCGACGUUCAAGAACAUGCUCAACGGCUUCAACAACCUGCUCUCUCUCCUCCUGAGUCCGGCGUGGGUGCAGACCUUCGUCAUGACCUUUCUGGGCGAAUGGGGCGAUAGAUCACAGAUCGCGACAAUCGCCAUGGCGGCCGGCCAGGACUACUGGUGGGUCACGGCGGGCGCGCUGGGCGGACACGCAAUCUGUACGGGUGCGGCAGUGCUGGGCGGUAGAGCCAUCGCAGGCAGAGUCAGCUUGAAAACUGUGACAAUGGGCGGCGCGAUUGCUUUCUUGGUCUUUGGCGUCAUUUACCUUCUCGAGGCCGUGUAUUGA